AUGGGCAAAACAGUUCUCCUCGUCCUCGAUGUCCAAAACGGCGUCAUCCAGCUCCUCAAAAACAUGGACACCUACCUUGACCGUCUCGCUCCGAUCAUCGAAACAGCUCGAGACAAAUCCAUCAAAAUCAUCUACGUGACCACUGCCUUUCGCCCCGACUACCCCGACCUGCAUCCUCGCAACCCUUCCGCCCCCCGAGUGAUGCCGUCCAAGAUGUUCCUCGAAGGCGACGCAUCAGUGGAAAUCCACCCAUCCGUGACUCCAGUCCAAGGCGACGUGAUAAUCACCAAACGCCGCGUGUCGUCCUUUACGGGGACAGAGCUUGACCUCGUCCUUCGCUCUCUCGGAGCAGAGCAUCUUGUCUUGGCUGGAUUGAGCACAAGCGGUGCUGUUCUCUCGACUGUUCGUCAGGGUGCUGACUUGGACUAUUCUCUUACCGUGUUGGAGGAUCUCUGCAGAGAUCGUGAUUAUGAGCUUCAUGAUGUGUUGAUGAAGAAGGUGAUUGCGAGACAGGCGCAGGUGGUAUCUUCUGCGCAACUUCUCCAUGAAGACGAGGCAUUAAAGUAA